GGAGUACCUAAUUCAGAUUCAAGUGAUGAUGUUUUUGAUAGUCCUUCAUCAAUAAGUCGUUCACGUGUUAAAAUAAAUCAUUCACCUACAUCAACUUUUGAACGUCGUCCAGUAUCUGUUGUUCGUCAUACAUCAAUUCGUAAUCCACCUGUACUUAAUUCACCAUCAAUAUCAUCAACUUCAUCAACAUCAUCGACAAAAUAUAUUGUUCAAACGACUUCAUUUCCUGAUGGUAAUAAUUCGACUAAUGAAAAACUUCAAUUAAAUGAUGAUAGUGCAGAAAAAUGUUUAUCUUUAAGAAGAAAACAUACAUUACGUUCAACAAGUUCAACAGGUUUUCAAAUUCAACAAGGAGGAUCAUCUACUCCUAGUCCAGUUGUUGUUAAAAAACAAACGAAUGAGAGAGAAGAUAGUCCAUUACCCAUUGUUGAAAAUCCAUUAUUUCAACAACAUUCACCACCAAGAAAACCACCAAGAACAUUUCAACAUGAAAAUCGUUAUGAUUAUUUAUCACAAACAAUUGAUCAGAAAGUACCAUCAUCUUCAUCAUCAAGUAGUGAUUCACCUACAUUUGAUCUAGGUGCUCGUUCAGCUAGUUGUAUGGAUUUAACUGUAGGUGUUUCAAAUGCUUUACUAUCAAGUGGUCUUUUACCAUUAAAUAAAUCAAUAGAUAAUACAAAUAAUUUUAUACCACAUGAAAAUAUUUAUGAAGAAUUAAAAACACCUGUAUCAACAUUUAAUAAACAAGAUGGUCAACAAUUUUUAUAUAAUAAUAGUAAAAAAUCACAAACAAUGAAACCAGUACAAAGUGAUUUAGGUAUUCGUACAUCAAUUACAAAACCAAAACAAAAUCAUCCAUUUACAAAUAUAAAAUCUGCAAUGAAGAAAGGUAUUAGUGAACCAAAUCUUGCUAAAACAAAAUCAUCAUCAUUUUUUUCACCACGUGGACUUAUUAAUCGUUUUAAACGUAUUCUUCCAUUAUCAUUAUCAAAACAAUCAUUAAAUGAUAGUAAUGUAAUGACCAUUGAUAGUGAUGAUUCAGCUAGUACAACAUCAGAAAAUAAUGAUGAUAUUCGAAUAUCAAGACUUGAUCAUGUUAGUCGCGUGAAAAAUGUAUAUGAUAGUUUAGGUACCGGUAGUCAUAUGACAAGUCUCUUUACUGAGCCAAGUCAUUCAACAGCUUCACGUGAAUUAAAAACUCUAUAUGAUUAUGUUGUACAUAUUUUACCUGAACAAGAACUAGGUUAUUUUGCAAAUGGAAAUGGUUGUCUUUCAUUAUCGAAUUUAAAUAUAAAUCAUCAAAUUCAUACAUCAACAUCUAUUCGUUUUCAAUAUCCAUUAGAUGCAAAUACUGAAUUAUCAUUAAAAUAUUUUUGUUUUCCUGAUCAACAUGAUUCAAAUAAUAAUCAUAAUACAUUUCUAUCAUCAAAAACAUCGAAACCAGAAUAUUUUCGUUUUACAUUAACAGAUAUGCGUGGAGUACGACAACAUGGUUAUUGUUCACGUUUUACUCAUAAAGGUAUAUUAAAUGCAUUAUGUAUUGUAUCACCAUGCGAUAUGUUGGAUUUAUAUGAGAAAAUA